AAUAUACACUUUGCCUUGGUAGCGCUCUCUGGAAUAAUUUAUUUACAAUGUCAGAUUCGUCCGAUGUGACCGAAGUGGAUGAAUCCUGGAAGGUUAACCUUGAGAUCGCACUGUUAGAGGAUGCUGACAUUUUUCGAAUUCGGGAUAUUUGUGCCAUGCGUCCUGUCCCUGAAAAUCUACGCCCUGACGUUUGGCGCAUAUGUCUGAGGUUGGACACUCAGUCGCAAGCAAUGGCUACAUUUAACGAUGUUUUCGAAUUAGAAAAUCAGUCACAACUUCAUGAAGAUUGUGAGUUGGCUUCUAAGGAGUUAUUUAAUCGUCUGACCAAACAGCAUAGUCUUCAACAGUCGAAAAAUAUCUCUAAUCUGUCAGUGAACAGUGAUAAUGAUGAUUCAGAUUUAGAAGCGUCAUCCCUCAGUAUGUUCCUCCCACCAGCUGCAAAGAUAUCUAGUGAUUUGGAAUCUGUUUUAACACAUUUCGCUCAGACUUAUCGUUUGAAAUAUAGUUCAAUCAACGGUUGGGUAUCAAUACUUAAAGUACUUUUCAUUGUCCUGAAACCGACCAAUCGGUCGGAACUGUAUGCAAGUUUUGUUUCAUUCUACCAUCGUUUCGUUGCUACGGGAGUAAAUAUUGAUCAAUGUGUAAGCAUAGUUUUCCGUUUGUUGUUGCAAUAUCACGAACCAAAGUUGUGCAGCUUUUUGGAUUCAUUAAAAGUUAGUCCUGAAAGUUAUUUCAUACCUUGGAUGUCAAGUCUUUACGCUGAUUUUAUAUCAGAAGAUGUUAUACCAUCCCUAUGGGAUUUAUAUUUCUUGAAGUCGGAUCCUUUGCUUGGCUUCUAUAUUGGAUUACUACUUAUUGUUAAUACCAAGUCCGUUCUUCUUAACCAACAGUUCGAUAAAACUGAGGAUAAUGAAAAUGAUUCAAAUACAAAUAAUUUACUUUCGUAUACUAAUGAUCAGACUUCUUUCGAAAAGGUUAGGAAUUUAAUAAUUAAUCUUCCUAAACCGAUGUGUGUUGGUGAUUUGACAAGUUUAGUUGAUAUUAUCGAAGUGUUCAUCAACAACACGCCGAUUUCUUUCCGGUCUCGAUACCUUCCUAUACUUUUUGGUAACGCUCAAAUUGAGUCAGAACGUUCAGUUUUAUUCGAUGCCUUAUGCAUGCCAAUUACUAUCCAAGAAGUCCUCGAUGCCCAAUCAAUGUGCCUACAAGAUUAUGGUCUUAAUAAUUCGUCUAUUACACUACCAGAUAACCCAUCUGACUCGACAACUGAUCUUCGCUAUCUUCUUGUUGAUUGUCGUCCUGCAGAGCAAUAUAAUGCUGGUCACUUACCAACUGCUUUUUUCCUGGACUCAUCUUUGAUUAUGUCUGAACCCCUAAAAUUUCAAAAUGCCGUUAAGUUUUUAUUAUCAACUCAAGAACGGUCACUUGCUGCUGGUUCAUAUGCUGUUGGAAAGCAUAUCACAUUUUUAAGUACUGGGAGAAAAGACGAAGAUCAACUAGCUAAUAUGGUUGUAGCUGAGUUUCUCCGACAAAACACACCAUAUGUCAGUUUGAUUGAAGGUGGUUAUACAGCUUUACAUGAAGUCUUAGGUACUUAUGAAGUUGGUAGGAGUUUAAUUGGUCAUGAACCUACAAUAUGUUUAGGAUGUAUUGGAGGAAAAAACUUUGUACCUUUAUCAACUUCUGAUAGUAAAAUGGAGUCAUCAUGUUUAAUAAAUGAAAAAGCAAAAGUACAACCAGUUAACUCUUCGAGUGUUGGAAUAUUCUCUAAAUUCUCAAAUGCAAUAUUUAAUACUGGCCGUAGUUUGGAUCAAGUACCAAAACUUUUGAAACUUUCAAGUGUAAGUUCAGUGCCAACAACAACAAUCAAAACUGAUACAACCCCUACAUACCAACCUGUUCAGAAUAAAGAAACAAAAAAACCCGUUGCUUACAGAAAUACAUCAUCUGUAUUCAGUAUUGAUGAUGACUAUGACGAAGAUGAUCUAUGUGAUGAUGAAGCUGAGACUAUUACAAACAGUCCCAAUCAUACAGAGAAAGAAGCAAGAAAUGCGACGUUAUCUGAACAGUCAACUUGGUUAAAACGUUUUGUUAAAGCAUCUACACAUGUUGCACCUGACAUGGAUGGGGAUUUCCCCCCUCGAAUUGAUGGUAUGGACAGCUGUGAAGUUGGCGAUUUAAUUGAUACUACCCGGUGGUCUAGACGGCCAGAAGUAAGAGGUGUAUUUAGUACCCGAUUUAUAAGGCCUAAUGGACAAUUAGGCGAUAGUGGUUUACUUGUUUUAGCAGAACGUCAUUUAAUUUUGUUGCGUCAUCCAACUCCUCGACUUCCUAACCAACUCAUCAACUCUCUUAGUUCUACUUUACAGUCUGUUUUUAAUAAAAAGAAUCCAAAAUCAUCUGAAUAUUCGGCUAUUCAAAAACCAACUACAGAUCUCCCGAAAUAUGCUGUUGUUUAUCGAUCAAUUCCCUUAUCUAUGGUAGUGAAAAUCACGUCAAAUCGUCGUUUCCCGGAAUGUAUUACAUUUCACUAUUGUCCACAUGACGAAGGCGAUAUGCUAAAACUAAACGAUCAGUCAUUAUUUAAUAUGAAAGAUCGAUUAUAUAUUAAUAAAGCAGGCGAAGCAGUGAAGAUGGUAAAAACUGCCAUCUUUACUACUGUUGCAUCAUUGGAAACGUAGUAUUACUCAUAUUACGGUCUUGUUUUAUUAUUUUCUUUGUACACUAUGUGAUUUGCACUGAUGAUUUUAUUUAUAUUUAUUUUUUCUUAUGUCAUCUGUCAAUCAGGAAAGUUCGAUUUUGAAAGUAAAUUAAAGUUUUUGUUUUUCGUACAUUUCUUCUAAUUUGAACAAUAACUUUUUGUUUUGAUUACAUAAAACUGUGAUGUUUAGGUGAAAAAUAGUAUCUAGAUAAAAUUUUUAGCACUAUUCUUUCAAUCACCAAUGCACUUUCUCGUCAUAUCACUGUUAUUAUAGUUAACCUUAUUCACUCUCUUACCUUCAAGGUUAAAGUCUCAUUUUGUUCAUAUUGAAGUGUUUUUAUUUGGGAUUAUCAAAGGAGCUGUGCAUUAAUUUUUUUCGUUUAAUUUAACUAAUUUUUACAAAACAGAUUGUCAACCAGAUGAAUCUUCUCUCUCUCUCUCUCUCUCUCUCUCU